UUUGUUUUGUUAAGACUAAGUUGAUGAAGUUGAACAUUGACAGAUACGCAGACUUAUAUGGUACGAUUGUACAUGGUCAAAUCAAAAGAAAUUAUUACGGCUGAGUUUUUUCAUCAACCUUUAAUGUUAUAAUUAAUCAUAAACCAGUCAUCAACUGGUUAUUUUUCAUCGUGGCUGAUAAUUAUAACUUGAGUAGUAAUGAAGCAAGGCGCCCACCUGAACAAAUUAUACCACAGAAACUUGAAGUGAAAAGCAAAACUAGAGUUCCGGUUAUUGUGAGCCAACGAAAAGGUUUCUGGAACCGUCAGCCGGUUGGAGCCAGAACCAACGCCGGGCCAGAAAAUAACCAAGGAAUCGAGAACCCAGUUACUAUCACUGAGAGCAGAAAUAGUAGCAAUACUGAAGCCAUUGGAUUCAUCUCCGAUAAUUUGAAAUUUUGUGAAAAAGCAGGGAAUUUUCAUCAAAACCAACCGAAUCUUGGAACAACGCAAAUUCGAGUUCAAAACAAAGCCAUCAGUGUUAAUCGUAACGUUUCAGAACCACAAAAAAUAUUUGAUUCCACAACGGGAGCGAAAAUUCCGAGUUACUUUGAGUACCAGGAAAAUCAGUCUUUUUUACCGCAAAACUCGAGAAGCUUAAAUCGACAACUUCCAAGAGCUCAAGUAGUUCAAUUUAACACAAUGCAACAACAACAACGAAAUUCAAACCAAUUCGAAAUGACCCAACUUACUAAUAAUUCCGGUAAGAACACAGUUGAUUACAAUAACAGGCAACCAGGUUACUAUCUGCAGAAUAGUCAACCUGGCAGUUACAAUCAAUCUUUACCACGUGAUCAAAACAAAACACGAGAACAAAUAGUGUCACGUGAUCAAGUGUUGUCGCGUGAGCAAAUAUUGUCGAUGCAACGCCGCGCUGCUUCUGUGAGUCCGACCAAAUACUUCGACCAGAUGUACGGUAACCAGAGUCGAGGCAUGGUGGAGACGAAAUCGGAUGGGAGUAUAAUUGGACGAGGAGCCAGUAGAGGUCAUGUGCUCUCGGGACACGUUGCGCCAACUAGAGAACUGAAGGUCUACAACCAAAAUAAUGUGCAAGCAUACCAACCUUCGUACAACCGAUCUGGCACUACCAACAUCACGCAACAGACAAAUCAUAACAACAACAAUAGUAACAAUCACACGAUGGAAGGGAAAUCACAAUUACAAACAGACCGUCCCCCUUCUGUGCCUCCUAAGUUAGGCCGAAACACCCCCACCCAAAACCCACAAGAUAAAAAGUGGGCUUCGAGUGAUAAAAUACCCUUCGGGGGUAGGGCUACCCCUACUACAAUUAGCACGCAACGAAGUCCGAACUCUGCUCGUCGGAAAACUUCGUUUCCCAAAACCCAGCUGGUGCACAGAUUCAACAGUCCCUAUGGGUUCCAGCCCAAUGAAGGGCCAGGAAAAGGAGACGGGCAUGGGGCGAUCUCGCCAAAAAGUCACACGGUCGAUGAGAGGAGUUUGGAAGGUCAAUUUUCUGGUGGUGGGCCGCAGUUGCCUCCUAGAGGCUAUGGGGUUCAACAAAGAAAUGGAGCUGUGUCUCAUUCUCCAGAAAGAAGAACUCCGAUGGUACAGGAAAACCAACGAGUAACGCCAACGAGAGAUCUAUCUUCAAGACACGGAACUAGGCAAUCACCCAAUCACCUGAUAAACAAACAAGUAAUCAACCAGGAACCCACCUCACUACGCAAACACAAACGUCGCGAGGCCGGAGUGCCCAAAUUUUAUGACUCAUCAACUGACGAUGUCAAUUCAGUCUCGGCUGGUGGGGGAAGUCGAGGGAAAAUGAAGUAUAAAACGACUCCAUCCGAGCACCAGUUGAGCCCAGUUGUCGUGAAUCAGUUGCCUCUGCUGCCAGAGCAUAGUUCUAAUCACGAGAGGUUGAUUGUUCAGAGUGUCGAAAAAAUGCAAG